AUGGAUUUCAAGAAUCUCGGAAAGAACUUUACCUCCUUCGGGGCUUCAAUCACCCCCUUUGCCUCCCGUACCUUCCAAUACACCAAGGAACAGCUCGGCCAAGCCGAGGAUAAGACCCAGCUUCCUCCUGACUACAUUGAUCUCGAGAAGAGAGUCGACGCCCUCAAGCAGGUCCACCAGAAGAUGCUGGCUGUGACCUCACAAUACUCGAACGAAGCCUACGACUACCCGCCCAACAUCAAGGAGACAUUCCAGGAUCUCGGCCGCACCGUUAGCGAGAAGGUCACUCUUCUGUCUUCCGCAAGCUCUCCUGCCGAGGCCCAGGCCGCUCUGACAGCACCUCCCUCCGCGAAGCCCCAGCCCAAGACUUUCAACCAUGCCAUCGCCCGUGCCAGUCUGGCUAGCAGCCAGGUCCUCCACCAGCAGCACACCGGCACCGGAGAGGAUCCUCUGGCUACGGCUCUGGAGAAGUAUGCACUGUCGAUGGAGCGUGUUGGUGAGGCUCGCAUGGCCCAGGACGCCCAGAUUCAAAGCCGAUUCCUUGCAGGCUGGAACACCACCCUGAACACCAACUUGAUGUUCGCCACGCGUGCUCGCAAGAAUGUCGAGAACUCGCGACUGACUCUCGACGCUGCCAAGGCACGCGCUCACGGCACCACCUGGAAGCUCGGUCCUGGAUCCCCACGCGCGGAGGAGGGCCAGCCUCAGGAGCUGAGCCCCGAGGCCCAGGAGGAGAUUGAGAAGGCCGAGGACGAGUUCGUCACACAGACUGAGGAGGCCGUGGGUGUCAUGAAGAAUGUCCUUGACACCCCGGAGCCCCUCCGCAACCUCGCCGAUCUCAUCGCUGCCCAGAUUGAGUAUCACAAGAAGGCCUACGAGAUCCUGAGCGAGCUUGCCCCUAUCGUGGACGGCCUGCAGGUCGAGCAGGAGCCAAUUGAUACCGCAAACAUGCGAAGGACAUUUCGCCUGCUCGCGGGCGUCAAGCCUGUUCGUUAUCUCGAGCCUGGCACCCCAACGGGUCUCACGGGCCUUUGGACACACAACAGCCCGCGGUCGACGUUGCUGUACGUCUACGGCAACACCCUCGACAAGCUCAAGGCGAUUCCCGAGUCUUCCCUGUACCGCCAAUCCGUCGAAGCCCUGACGAAGCACCGUCUUGCCCUUGUCGAAGCCACCAUACCUCCCGGAUACGAGGAGUGGGAGAAGAAGGCCGAACAGAUCGUCAAGGAGAAGCCCGAACAAUUCCGCCUCGUCAGCGGUCGCGUUGACGGCAGCGGCGCUCGCACGGUCAAGCUCGGCAACAGGAUGUUCGUCGUGGGCAAGCAGCACGAGGCCAAGGAUGUUCGCUUGGAAGAGUGGGACGGUGAGAAGGACGAGGGUGGCACUAUGGAGGGCCCGCGCACCGAGGCAGAGCGUCAAGAUCAUAAGCUGCUUGCCGAGCGCAAGGAUGUGAACGACGUAGCCAAGGUUCAGUGGGAGCCUGAGCCGCAACUGACGGCCGACCAGAUUGCUGAGCUGGAGAACAAGAUUGGAGCUGGCCUCAUUGAGGAGGUUAUCCAGGUUGCCGAGGGUGAGCUGAAGCUCGUGGACACGAUGAUCCAGGCCAAGGUGUGGGAGGACCUAGAGGAGAAGCCUGUCGAGGGGCAAUGGACUUACUUUGAGCGGAAAUAA